GCGGCCGGCUCUCGUUCCCGCCCUUCGUGCGCGGUGACGUCACACGGCGGCCUGGCUCCCGUGGCGGUGCGGGCUGGUACUCGAGGCCGCGGCUCCGGUCUCCACUAGGCCGCAGGAUGGCGGAGACCAAGGUGAUUUACCACCUGGACGAGGAGGAGACGCCGUACCUGGUGAAGGUACCCGUGCCGGCAGAUGACAUCCGCCUGCGGGACUUCAAGGCGGCGCUGGGCCGGGGGCAUGCCAAGUACUUCUUCAAGGCUAUGGACCAGGACUUCGGGGUGGUGAAGGAGGAGAUAUCGGAUGAUAACGCCAAGUUGCCCUGCUUCAACGGCCGCGUAGUGUCCUGGUUGGUGUCCUCUGAGAACGCGCAGCCUGAGCCGCCGCUGCCGCCGCCGCCGCCUCCUCCAAUCACAGAGCAGAGGCAGGAGCCCUCCCCGGUCCCCCCCCCGCUCCCUCCCCCUCCUGCGGAGAGAACCAGCGGCAUCGGAGAUUCCCGUCCGCCGUCCUUCCACCCCAACCUGUCUGGCAGCUCCGAGAACCUGGAUCAGGAGACGGAGACCGAAUCGGUGGUGUCUGUGAGGAGAGAGCGCCCGAGGCGGAGGGAGAGCAGCGAGUCGGGAGUCGGCCGAGGGGUUAACGGGCGGAUUGACCGUCACCUGGCAGGUUAUGAAUCUUCAUCCACGCUCCUCACCAGCGAGAUCGAGACCAGCAUCUGCGACUCGGAGGAGGACGAUACGAUGAGCAGGUUCAGCAGUUCUACGGAGCAAAGCAGCGCCUCGCGACUCCUAAAGCGGCACCGGCGCAGGCGCAAGCAGCGCCCCCCCCGGCUAGAGAGGGCCUCCUCGUUCAGCAGCGUCACGGAUUCCACGAUGUCCCUGAACAUAAUCACGGUGACGCUGAAUAUGGAGAAGUACAAUUUCCUGGGGAUUUCCAUAGUGGGGCAGAGUAACGAGCGAGGGGACGGAGGGAUCUACAUCGGCUCCAUAAUGAAGGGAGGAGCGGUGGCCGCUGAUGGACGGAUCGAGCCUGGAGACAUGCUGCUGCAGGUGAACGACAUCAAUUUUGAAAACAUGAGCAACGACGACGCUGUGAGAGUCCUGAGGGAGAUCGUCCAUAAACCCGGCCCCAUCGUCCUGACUGUGGCCAAAUGCUGGGACCCCUCUCCCCAAGGCUACUUCACCCUCCCCCGCAAUGAGCCCAUCCAGCCCAUCGACCCGGCCGCCUGGGUGUCCCAUUCCGCAGCCCUUAGCGGAUCGUUCCCUGUGUACCCGGGGAGCGCAUCGAUGAGCAGCAUGACCUCCAGCAGCUCUGUGACGGAGACCGAGUUGUCUCGCCCGGCUGUCUCGCUCUUCAGUCUGUCCAUACACACGGAUCUGGCGUCUGUCGUGAAGGUCAUGGCCUCCCCGGAGUCCGGCCUCGAGGUUCGGGAUCGCAUGUGGCUGAAGAUCACCAUCCCCAACGCCUUCCUAGGCUCGGACGUGGUGGACUGGCUCUAUCACCACGUGGAGGGCUUCCAGGACCGCAGGGAGGCGCGCAAGUUCGCCAGCAAUCUGCUGAAAGCGGGGUUCAUCCGCCACACGGUCAACAAGAUCACGUUCUCCGAGCAGUGCUACUACAUCUUCGGGGACCUGACCAGCUGCGAGAACUAUAUGGCUAACCUGUCCCUGAAUGACAACGACGGCUCCAGCGGCGCCUCGGACCAGGACACGCUGGCCCCUCUUCCACUUCCUGGAGCGUCUCCGUGGCCCCUGCUCCCCACCUUCUCGUAUCAGUAUCAGGCCCCCCAUCCGUACAGCACGCAGCCACCUGCCUACCACGAGCUCUCCUCCUACAGCUACGGCGUGGGCAGCGGCGGCAGUCAGCACAGUGAAGGCAGUCGCAGCAGCGGCUCCACUCGCAGUGAUGGCGGUCACGGCGUCCAGAAAGAUGAGCGCCCCGGCGGGGGCGCGGGGGCGGAGUCUAAGUCCGGCUCCGGCAGCGAGUCGGAAUAUUCUACCCGCAGCAGCCGCAGGAGAGCCGGAGGAAACAGCAGCGCGGCCAGCGAGAGAUCGACUGCCUCUCGCCCUCAUCAUCACCCUCCUUCUCUCCAUUCCUACCCCGCACCCGGACUUCCUCUCUCCUAUAACCCCAUGAUGGUUAUGAUGAUGCCUCCACCCCCGCUCCCCCCACCCUCCUCGGUGCCCCCGGGGCCACAACCCUUAGUCCGGGACCUGGCCUCGGUCCCGCCUGAGCUCACUGCCAGCCGCCAGUCCUUCCACAUGGCGAUGGGGAACCCCAGCGAGUUCUUUGUCGACGUCAUGUGAGUGGGGAGGAAUAAUCGGGUUCCCUCCUAGUGCCUUUGUUAGUUAAUGCAGAAUAAUUCCUCAUUGAGUGAGCGGGGGGAGGGGGGCGUUCUAUGGCCCUUGCCCUCCUGUAUAACAGAAAUAACGGGGCGGUUUCGGGGCCCGACUUCCUCUGCCUGUUAUCUGGAGGCCGGGUGGACUCUGCCCAUGGCCCCGGCAGGGCCCCUGGGUCACUAAAACACUAACUGUACGCAUGGUUUGUGAACCUGCCUUUAUGUACACGCACAUGUAUCCUGUUAGCUGACGGUACCGGGGCCCCCGGGGGCCCCAUCAUUAUGAAGUAUUUCUUUUUAAUGUUUUUUUAUUACAGUAUUGAGAAUGAUGUACCCACAUGCGCGAUCGCUCUGUAACGUACGCCCCCUGGGGGCC